GCGGCGCUGGCGGCGGCCCGGGCGGGGCCAUGGGCCGGGGCGGGCCCGCCAUGCGCUACAACGAGCGGGAGCUGCUGUCCCUGGCCCGCCAGCCCGCCGAGAAAGCGGCCGAGAUCCGCAUGAGCGUCCCCAAGAAGGGCAGCGUGCUGAAGAAGCGCCUGGUGAAGCUCGUGGUGAAUUUUCUCUUCUAUUUCCGCACUGAUGAGGCUGAGCCCAUUGGAGCUCUGCUGCUGGAGCACUGCAAGAUCACCAAAGAGGAGGAGAACGUCUUCUCCAUCAGUUUCAUCGAGGAGCCAGAGAGGAAAUACUGCUUCGAGUGUGCCACGGAGGAGCAGUGCCAGGAGUGGGUGGAGGCACUCAGGAGAGCCAGCUACGAGUUCCUGAGGAGGAGCCUGAUUUUCUACAGGAACGAGAUCCAGAAGAUGACAGGGAAGGACCCCCUGGAGCAGUAUGGAAUCUCAGAGGAAGCUCGUUUCCAGCUGGGAGCACACAGGCAGUAACCCUCACCUGCUGCAGCUCCCCACACUGACCACCUGACUUUUUUAUUUAUUACCCCAAUCAUUUUGUAUUUUUUUUUAAAGGAAUUCGUUGCACAUUCCCAAUGCCCCAGCUGGGGGGCUGAGCUGCUCUGUGGGUGCUGCAGGGGGAGCAGAGCCCCCAGCUCCUCCAGGCCAUGCUGGGGCCAGCUCCACCCUUCUGCUCAGCUUCCCUGGCUCAGGAUCCUCCUGCAGUCUCCCAGGGCUCAUCCCUGGCUGUAAGAGGAUGUGACUGAUGCAUUUCUGGGCUCCAAAUUAACCCCCUCCUGCCCUCCAGGGAGGGGUGGGAAUUCCUCCAGCUCAGCCACAGCUCCAGCUGAUGCAGAGGAGCAUCUGCAGCCCUGUGCAGCCUUUUGGGGUCUUCUUUUCCCUCCCCUGGGCAGGUGCUGCAGUUCCUGGGGGCUGGAUAAGCCCAUCCAAAAGGACAAAGCUGCAGAGCAGGAGGGAACAAAGGCAGGGAGAGAUCCCUGUGUGAUCCUGCCUGCCUGCAGAGCUCUGCAGUGAUCCAGAUGGAGCAGCUGGCAAAGGCAGGAGCUGCUCCCCUUGGCUGGAGGAUGGAGCUGCAGGACAUGCACCAGCUCAGCCAGGCAUUAACCCUUCACUCCCUGAGCCACUGCUGCAGCUUUUCACCCCUCUGUGUGUCCCCUUUGUCCAAAGGGACAGACCAAAAGACUGUGCCAAGGUCCCAGUGAGCUGCCAGGGAACCAGGGCUGCCUGUCCUGGAGCUCCUGCAGGGAGGAGAUGAGGAUUAGGAACAACAUCCCCAUAGGAUCAGCCCUGGCUCUGGCUGCACCAAGGAAAACUGCCCAGACAUGAGGGAUGGAUGGAGGACACUCCCCACACCCAGGGCUGCAGCAAACCCAGAUUCUCGACUGCCAGAGCAGCUUCCCUGGAACCAGCCCAGGAAAACUCCCAGGAAAGGCCCCAGGGGUCACUGGCAGAGGCUGCUGGCAGCAGGAACGGGGCUGGGGCAGGCCAGGGUGGGGGCUUGGCCUGGGCUGCAGCUCUGGGCGUUGUUCCCCUCCAGCUGCCCAGCCCAGGGAGGGGGUGGAGCAGCCUCUGAGCUGGGCUUGAAAGGAAUUUUGGGGUCUUUUGUGGGAAUUAAUGCCCAAACCAGAGCCCACAGUGCAGCCUUUGGUAUCCCAGUGUUCUCUCUUUACCUCAUGCAGCUGAGUACCAGCAGUGACACCUGUCACUGAUGUUUUACUUUUGAUCUCAAAGCUGAGAUUUUUCCCUUUUCCCUCCAUAGAUCCUCUCUUUCCCUUGAAUCAUUCCAGGUGCUUGCUCCAGAAAUUACCAAAAUCAGCUGAGGGCAGCUGCCCUGGGGGAUCAGCCGAGGGCAGCAGGGAGGGAGCAGAAUCCGGGGGGAUUGCAGACAGAUGGCAGCUCCAGAGGAAGCAGCAACGAGGGAUUGAGAGCAGGAGCACACCAGAGCUGUGCUUUAGGGAAUCAGUAUGCUUGGAUGACUCCAAAGAGCAUUUUAAUCCUGCCCAGCCUGCAUUUUUCCACAGCAGAGCUGAGUUCUCAGCUGGGCCUGCCACCACUGUAGCAAAUGUGUCACCUGUGCCUUGCAGGACACCUUUCCCCAGGUGCAGCUGCCACCCUCCAGUGUCACUGUGCAGAAAAUGGGUUUUAUUUGCUGGGAACAGUUGGGUGAGCGAGAGCAAAGCCCAACAUUUGAAUGUUCAUCACCAAUGACAUUUCUUACCUGAAUGUACAACAAAAGCUGUGAAGAGUUCCAGGGCCAGGCCAGGCCCAGGGACUCAGAUCCAUUGUAGGGCAGGGCUGGGACACAGGGGUGGGAUUUAGGGAGGGAGGUUGGUACUUUGUAGACACUUUGAAAUCUGCAUCAACUGCUGGUGAUUUACAGACAAUUGUUCAUUUUUCACAUUCUGAUGACUUUGCUUGUUGUGUUUCAGCUGAGAGCCAUUUCUGUGUUGUACAGUGAACAUUCCCAAUAAAUCCUGUUUUAA